CGACUCAGACUCGAAGCCGUCCUCAGUCGGCGUUUAGCGACCGUUGAGUGAAGAACUGUGACGUCACGUUUGUGCACCGGAGCGUUUGUUGGUUCAACGUCGUAGGUCGCGCGUGCCCACACAAAUGGACGGUUACAAAACCGCCGUCUCCUCUCAUGCAAAUGCUGUGCAAAUGGACGUGUUCCAUCCUACUUUAUAACUUCUUCAAGAACCUUUAGUAAAGUGAUCUCUAGUCAUCAACAAAGUUUAAAAAACAACACAGUGAAAUGAUCCAGUGAACAAAACUAGUUUCAAGUGUCAGUGUAACAAAUUUGCGUUGUGCUUGUGUUUACCUAGUUGUGACUUCGCUAUAGUGAUAUACCAUGUGUAAUUUGUGAUGAGUGCUCUAUUGACGUAGAUUGUCUGGAUAUAAUUCUCCUGGAUUUUGGAAAUUUGGAGCCGUCAACUGUCCAUCUGCACUUGGGAACAUGAAGCUGGAUAAUUUCGCGUUGAGUUGCUGCUGCAUGCUGAUCGUCGCAAACCUUGGAGUACUAUGUCAGGACAUAAAGGAUACUCGGGAGGGGGAGGACGUCACUCUGGAAUGUCGGUUCUCACCUCAGCUGGCUUCUCAAGGCACCACCUAUUAUUGGCUCAGGACAAAUAAGAGGAACCACGACAAUGUUGCUAUUGAACAGACGCCUCUUGAUGCCAACUACAAACUGGACUUCAAGCCGGACCAGGGACGCUACGACCUUUUGAUCUCGAACGCCAGCUACGAGAGGGACAACGGCAAUUUCGAGUGUCGGCUGAAGGCGGGAGGCAGCGGUCGGGACCUGCACUCUCAGGCAUUCACUGUCACCGUGCUCACGCCUCCCGGUCCGCCUCGUGUGUCGCCCGCCGCCAAUCCCGUCGCCACCGAGGGAAAGCCACUCGAGCUAGCCUGCUCCUCCGCCGGAGGCAGUCCUGAUCCAGUCAUCAAAUGGUACCGUGAGGGUGUCCGUGAUCCGAUCGAGUCGGCAGUGAAGUCGGCGACUGAAACAGGCGUCACGUCCGUGCUGACGCUUAAGCCAUCCAAGAACGAUGACGGCGCUGUCUACCGCUGCACUGUCUGGAAUCGCGCUAUGCCCGCCGGUGCGAAGCUCGAGGCCACUGUCACGCUCAAUGUCAACUACUUUCCCCGCGUGGAGAUCGGUCCGGAGAACCCGCUACGCGUGGAACGCGACGGGACGGCGACGCUGCAGUGCAACGUGGACUCGAAGCCUCGCGUGAGCAAUGUGCACUGGGCGCGUGACGGCCGCCUGAUAGCGCUAGCCUUCACCCACACACUGCACCGUGUCACCGUGCAGGAUGCUGGCAAGUACACCUGCACUGCCGACAACGGACUCGGCCAGACUGGCAAGGCCGAGAUCGUCCUCGAUGUACAGUACCCUCCCAAGGUAACGGUUGAAACUGGCCCUGGUGUUGCAAGACAACGGGAAGCUGAAGAGGGAGAAAUAGUGAUGAUCAAAUGUAACGUUUCGGCGAACCCAGCCCCAAUCACAGUCGAAUGGACGAGGGAAGGACGUCCUGACUUCAGGCAACCAGGAGAUGUGCUGACUCUGCACAGAGUGACAGCUGACUCGGCCGGAACCUACACGUGCCGAGCCGUCAACAUCCUCAACCUGUCCAGCAGGCAACGAGUCAACAGAGUUGGCAACGCUUCUGUCACUCUGCUGGUGCGCCACAAACCAGGCCAAGCUCAGAUCACUCCCGACAGACCGAUCGCCACCGAAGGAUCAGGAGUCACUCUCACCUGCUCAGCGUCGCCCCCCGGAUGGCCAGUGCCGCAGUACCGUUGGUGGAAGGACCUCGAAGAGAUCAGCAGCGGGUCAUCAUCUCAGGUGCCCACCCAAGCAAACGGCCCCAAGUACAACAUCCCAGCUGCACAUCUUGGAAGUGAAGGCAAAUACCAUUGUCAGGCGAUCAAUGAAAUGGGUCACGGAGAGAUAGCCACAGUCAUGCUCACAGUCCACCAGCCUCCCAGGAUCGUCUCCAAGCUGACACCACAUGUCACCCGGCGUAUCGGCGAUUCCGAGUUCCAUGCCAUGUGCAAGGCCCAAGGCAAACCGAAACCAUCGAUUCGUUGGUUGAAAGAUGGCAAGGAAGUAUCGCCCAAGCUGUACGAAAUCUCCACUGAUGAAUCGGAAGGCCGCAACUCGGUUUACACUGUACAAAGUACUCUACGAUUCUCUGGGAGGGAUAGACGUGAAGGUACACAGUUGAACCCCAAAGAUAGAGGAGUGUAUGCUUGUGCUUUCGAGAAUGAAGUGAAGAAAGUGGAAACAACAAUGUAUCUGAGGAUUGAACACGAACCAGUUAUUCUCCAUAAGUACAAUAAGGUUGCUUUUGAUCUCCGUGAGACUGCAGAGGUUGUGUGUAAAGUUCAAGCAUACCCACGACCCGAGUUCCAAUGGAGUUACAGCACCCACAGUGCUCCUUUACUGUCUGGUGACGGUCACUACGAGAUCAACACAACCGUGAACGAGAGUGGAGGGGAUGUGUACACGAGUGUGCUGCAGAUCACCAACAUCCAGGACGGUGACUACGGCGACUACAAUUGCCGCGUGGCCAACACGCUGGGCAGUGUGAAGACAGCCAUUCGUCUGCAGUCGAAAGGCCCGCCCGAGCGACCCGAGUCGCUGUCAGCCGUCCAGGUCGGUCACAGCUUCGUCACCCUCAAAUGGACGCCCGGCUUCGAUGGCGGUGUGCACACCAAGUACUUUGUGUCGUACCGGAAAGUGCUGAAGACCAGCGACGAGGAUGUGGACAGUGACUGCUAUGCGAAGCGCAAGACUGGCCCAGCCGACAGCUGGCAUGAGUUCGACUGCCAGCGCAUCAAUCCUUGCAAUGUCACUUCUCUCGAGGAGCAUCAGAGCUAUGAAUUCAAAAUGAAAGCCUACAAUACAAAAGGAGAUAGUGACUACUCGGAAGUUGCGACGGCCAUGACCCAUGUAGACAAGAUCCCAGCACCGCAGAGAGUCACCUUCGAUCCAGAAUCACACGCCAUGUCCAUCAAUAUUGCUGCCACAUGUUUGCAACUGGAUGGAAUCGUGGAAUCGGCCUCGAACCACAUUCCGGAUCCAACAUGGCGGUUCGUGGAGUCGCUUGUGCUGGCACCUUCCGGCGGCAGUUCGAAGCGGUCGACCAUCCUGUCACUGAUGCCGAAACGCAACGCGGUGAAGAGCGGUGGUCGCUCCCUGGAGCCUGAGGAUGACGACCAGCUGGUCAUAGGCCAUGCCGCCGACAACAUUCGUGUGCGCGUCAAGCUCUGCCUGCAGACCAACCACGACAUGUGCGGCGACUACACCGAGGCUGAGAUCGGGCCCUCCUACAUAAAAGAGGCAUCGACCCUGGCCACGCCCACCCUGGUUGCUAUAGUGGUGUCGUGUGUGGUGUUUGUGCUCUUCAUCGGACUGCUGUUCGUCUACUGUCGCUGCCGCAGAGUGCAGGGCAAGAAAGCCAACGGCAAGGACUACGAAAUGGAAACAUCAACUGUACACCCAAGUAUUGUGCAACAAGCUCCUCCACCUUACUACCCCUCCUCCGGAAUGGAGAACAAGGCUUUGGAGCACUCUUUGGAUUUGGCUUUGGACGACCCUGCCAAGAAUCCAGUCUAUGCCGGCCAAAACGGAUAUGGAUAUCAUGGAGCUCCUCACAACAACUCUCAGCAUCCCAAUGGAGGUGAAUCCAGCAUACAGCGUGCUGAAGGGGUAAAUAUGGCUUACAUGGAGAACAGUUAUUCCAACUCGAAUAAUGGCGGAUCAGUCAACUCGCAAGACUCCCUAUGGCAAAUGAAAAUGGCGGCUGCCAACAACAAUGCAAACCAGAACAAUCCACAUCACCACAUUUCAGACAGAACUAACCAUUAUGGUGGAUACGACCCCCUGACUCAUGGAGGCUACGGAACUGUGGAUGACUACGCUCCUUACCCGCACCUCGUCCCCUCUGCCACUCCGGACUAUGGUCGCAACAGCAACAACCCAUCUCGACAGGACUACGCCUCUGACAAAUCCAGAAGAAGAGAUCAUCAUAUAGAAUCACCAUACCGCGAUGUAAGCGGCCUCCCCGAUCCGUACCUGGAGCACCAGAUGAUGCUGGAGAGCGAGGAGAACAAUCUGAAACCGCAGCAGCAUCUGUCGUUAUCGUUCGACGAAAGUCUCGAGUCCGGUUACUCCACGCCCAACUCCCGCAACCGGCGAAUCAUCAGGGAGAUCAUCGUGUGAACAGUGUUCAGUUGCAAACCAACUUGUCCAGAUUCGCGUUGUUCGUUUGCCGAUCUGAACGGAGUUCCUCCUUCAGUUAGAACUCGGUAACGACAAUUGUUGUUCGGUGGAGUGAUCGGCUUAGAAAAAGCAAAGGUACAAAUUUCAACUCUUCUACCGAACUGUCUUGAAACAUUUCAGCAACAAACCGAUCAACGUUUGUUCUCUACUACAAACGAUAGAUCUCUAUCUCUUGUUAUCUGCUCUUUCUCUCCAGAGCAAGUGUAUAGAAAUAAUUUAUUGUAUUAUCUUCUGUAGAUAAACGAUUUACUGUUACAUUAUGACUCAUGACUUUUCACGAAUGACUGGAGUUUAAUGAUGGUGAUAGAAAAGUGACGCCGACAUUGUUGUAGAAGUAUUUCGAGUAAAAACGAGCCGCCAUAGACAUUUUUGACUGACUGAUUCAAGGACUAUUUGAAUGAUUCGAAACUAUUGUUCUCCGUGUAAAUAAUUGUGUGUGAGUGUGUGUAUGGUACGGUAUCUUAUGAGCCUGUUUUCGAAUGAUAAGACUGAACGUCUUUUAAAUUGUAAUGUUUAUGUUAGGAUAAUUAUUUACUACUUUUUAUAUAAGAAGCAUCUUGAUGUAGCAAUAACUGAUUUAUAUCUAGUUUCAUGGAAUGGAGUAUGAAGCUACAUUCCAUAUAUAUUGCAUUUGGAAGGCAUAGUUUUCACGCAUUUUAUGUGCACAUUAUAUUGACUUGGUUGCGUACCAACUUGCAAUACAGUUCUUAGGUAAAUUGUGGUAAUGAUCCAUUUUAAAUCCGAUUUAAAACUGAAAUCGUGGAGGUUCUCGAAUUCUUUUUUCGUAAAUCAAUAUGAAUCGAUAGGUUGUAUCUUAAAAUGUGAUUUACUGUGUAUUGCGUCCACUUUUUGAGAUAUUUCCACAUAAUCUACAUAUUUAUUUUAACGAUGUGAUUUAUUCCUCACGAAUAACGAAGUAAUGAAUUGAACAGAAACUCUAGUUUAACAAGAAAUAUUUUGAAUAUUGUGAAACAUAGUCUUGCUUCUUCAACAUGUAAUUGAGUGGAUAUAUCGUGUGAGUCAAAAAUAACUUUUUCAAUUUUGCCUCUCAUAAAUUGAUGUCUUAUUGCUCAUUCGUAUUGACUAGUGGACCGAGGUUUUAAUGAAUGAUGAAUUAUAUAAUAGAGCAGUAUGCAUAAUUUAAAAAACGUGUUUUUUUAUCAAUGCAGUUUUGAUUAUUAUGCACUUUUUUAAACGUUUUUUUUUAGUCUUAUGGAUUGACUCUUUUUGUUGAAAAUGCAGCUUUUAUAUUAUAGCAACAACUGAAGAGAUACAUGAAGCCUCUCAAUUGAUAUUGAAAUCAUAUUGUGCAAUUGACUGAAUUCGUGGAGAAAUUCGUAAUUUCUUGAAAGGUAGAAAUGAAUCUGUUAAGUGUAUAUACAUUUUGUGUAUAAGUUCUGUUCAUAUUUAGUUCUAUGUACGGUUUAGAUAUUUUGCGCAUUCAUCAUCAGAGUAUUAUUAAUUUGAUAGUAAUAUUUUUACGUUUGUAUAUCAAAAUUUAUAUGUAUUAUUUCUGUAUAUAUAGUUUUAUACUGAAUGUAUUUUUUACGUCCGAAGAAUUAAUUUGUAAGAUUGGAAAUUCAUUCUCGAACAACUACUUGUAGAUUGAAACUAGUGCCAUCGUUUCUAUUCCAUCUACUAGCGAUGGGAUGAUAAAGGGAAAAGUUUUCUUUAUGAGUGGAAAUUUCAGCUUAAGUCAGGAAGUGCUCAAUAUUUGAAUAGUUAGAUAGUUAUCUCUAUGAAAAUUCAGUGCAUAUAGAGUCACUGAACAUCGUGUGUGUAUUCAUGUGCUAGUCAAGUGACGCAGCAUAACCUGAGGAAAUAUUGUUCGACUAAUGAAUAUUAAGUUAUAAAUAUUGUUCAAAUACGGUAACCAUGUUUUAGUGGUCUGUUUGGACAAAAAAAUUGUCUUCAACUUUCCAUUGGUCAUGAAACAUGAAACUGGUUUAUUCACAAAAUAUAUUUUAAAAUAGUAAUGCUUUGAUCAAAGGAAUAUUUUUGUGGAGAUGAAUUGAGUUCAACAUUGAAUGAAUAUGGCAUGCACUUUCAAAGCUGUGGCAUGUACAGUGGUACUUAAUUUCUUUCAACUUCAAUAUUCAUAAAUUGAAUAACAUUCAUGAUGCAGCUCAACUAAAAAUCAUCAAAUUAAUCUCUAAUAAGUGGUAUAGCAAUUUGAGUAGAUCAUUUUCCAAUGUAAAUAGCACAUGCGAUUCCUUUCACUAAUAUUCACUGUAAUUUUUAAUAUUCAAAUUGGUAACAUUGAAAAAUAAUUGCAAAGUAUUUUCAAAAUAAAAACAGAAUUGAGUUUUGAAAAUAUUUUGCUAUUGCAGAAUAUCUAUUACGCUUGAGGAUUGGCUAUUAACAUUUCACAGGGAUUCUAUUCUAAUGUUGAAAAGAAAAUUUUGAACUUUGAAUGAAUGCCUGUGAAAUGUUAUUACAAUCUCAUUUUAAGUUUCCUUCUUUAUCCUAAUAAUGUUCUAUUCCAACGGUUAUGGCUAUGGGAUUUCAGCUUUGAAAGUCCAAAUCAUAUUCAUCAUUAAAAUUCAUGUUCAUAAAAUUUUAUAUUUUCCUAUUUAAUUUCCAUUUUGAAAUGACAUUUGAAAAUUGAGAAAUAAUGUCUAGGAGUAAUAAAGUAACAAUACUUUUCAGUACUUUCGUACUUUUCAAUACUUUACGGUACUUCAAUGAUAUUGCGUUACCGAAUCUGGAACAAGUAAUUGAAGAAUUAGAAGUAUGAGAAUUAAUUAUCAAUAUUUAUGUUAAUAAUAAAAUAUUGUGGAGCUUGCUGGCUCAGGUACGCGUUAGAGGUAUUCAGGUCGCACCCAGGUAAUAAUUUCAAGGACGCUGGCGUAAAUUGAAAUAUUGUUAGGUAAUACAGAAUAAAUAAUUUCCCUUCUUCGUGUUUCUUGGAAAUCAAAUCAAGAUUAUAAUCAUGUGUUUUUAUAGAAUUCUUAUUAUAUUACUACACUUUGAAUGUUACAUUUUUUAUCUCAUCAAUAAUUAAAAAACAAUUUUGAUUAUCUUUCUUCUAACAAAGAAUUCAUUUGAAUUGUACAUUUAUAUCAUUCUUCGUAUAAAUAUUCAUAAAUUUCCCCGUGAUUGUCAAGCGAAUGUUUCUUCUGAUAAAUCUAUUAUAAGUUACUUGAUAUUUGGAUAUAUGUCAAAUUGAAUUUAUCUUUUUAACUAUUAUAUCUUCAAUUCAUGGUAAUUUCCUAUUGAAUUACCAAAUUGUAGUCAAAUUCUAAUCAAGUCCAAAUCUCACAAUUAUGAUCAUCUGAAUGUUUUUAUUAGUUAGGAAAAUUCUAUAAAUGCCUCUGGAAGGUUGUCCGAUUUGGAUUCAAUUAAAUAUAUGGUAACUUGUUUCCAAGUCAUGAAAUUUGAUCAUUCAGCAAUUCAAUCUCUACAAGUACUGUAUGUUUUUAUUGCUUGCAAUAUUAUUAUUUUUUUUAAAGAUCUCAUGUUUUCUAUUGUUAUUAGUUUUUUAUGGGUUUGAAAUCUUUUAAAACUAGAAAUUAACACUAUCUAUAAGAUCUUGAGAGGUUAUUACUAUAAAUGAACAAAUAGAAUUAAAUUAUAUGAUGAUCAUGCACUGUCUGACUUUUACAAAAAUGGAAUAAUAUAAGUGCUGUUCAAUUGUUUUUCCCGAAUAAUUAUCGUAUUUUAUCAUUGAUGGUAUGUAUAUGUGAGAGAAUGCUUUUGUGUAAAUUAUUUUUAAUUAUGAAUGUUGCAAACUUUUAAAUACAAUAUAAUUUUAUGUGUACUUUUU